UGGUGUGGACCUGUUCUUUUUACUCUUAACCCCAGGGAAAUCCACAAUAACACAGUCAUGGCGGCUCUGCAGAGACGCCUGCACCUCAGCGAGUUGCUGCUGUUCUCCAUUCUCCUGCAGUCUCUGUGGGGGGCUGAAGGAGGGACUGAACAGAUCCGCUACUCCAUCCCAGAGGAGCUAGAGAAAGGUUCCUUUGUAGGCAGCAUCGCCAAGGACUUGAGAUUACAACACCAGGAGAUGGCUGAGCGCGGAGUCCGCAUCGUCUCCAGAGGUAGGACCCAGCUUUUCUCUCUCAACCCGCGCAGCGGCAGCUUGGUCACCGCGGGCAGGAUAGACAGGGAGGAGCUGUGCGCCCAGAGCGCACGGUGUCUGGUGAAUUUUAACAUCCUUGUGGAGGAUGAAAUGAAGCUUUAUCCUGUGGAAGUGGAAAUAGUGGACAUUAAUGACAAUGCACCCCGAUUCUUAACGGAAGAAUUGGAAGUGAAAAUUACUGAAAACGCAGCCCUAUCUUCUCGUUUUCUGCUAAUGGAGGUCUAUGAUCCUGAUGUUGGAGUGAACUCUCUUCAGGACUUAAAGCUUAGCAGUAAUAGCCACUUCUCAGUGGCUGUGCAAAGCCAAGCACAUGGAGCCAAGUACCCAGAGCUCAUACUUGAGCAUUCCCUGGACCGGGAGCGAGAAGCAGUUCACAAUCUGGUCCUUACUGCCCUAGAUGGGGGUGACCCUGUCCGCUCAGGUGUAGCUCGAAUUCUGGUAACUGUCCUAGAUGCGAAUGACAAUGCCCCAGUUUUUACUCAGCCUGUGUACCAAGUAAGUGUUCCUGAAAAUCUGCCAGUAGGGACACCAAUGUUAGCUGUAAAUGCCACUGACCUGGAUGAAGGAGGGAACGCAGAAGUAACAUAUUCCUUUGUGAAGACCACAGAAAAGAUCUCACAGAUAUUCUGCUUGAAUGUUUUGACUGGAGAAAUUUCAACUUCUGCAACUCUAGACUAUGAAGACUCCAGCUUUUAUGAGCUGGAUGUGGAAGCCCGGGAUGGGCCAGGUCUUCAAGACAGAGCAAAAGUUCUAAUAUCCAUCUUGGAUGUGAAUGAUAAUGUGCCAGAAGUGGUUGUUACCUCUGGAAGCAGAACAAUUGCUGAAAAUGCUCCUCCAGGAACAGUAAUUGCUCUCUUGCAAGUGUAUGAUCGGGACUCUGGACUGAAUGGCAUGGUGGUGUGUUCUAUCUCGAAAAGUCUCCCAUUUGAAUUGGAGAAAUCAGUAGACAAUUAUUAUCGAUUAAUGACAAAUGCAGCUCUAGAUCGGGAAAAGGCAUCCUUCUACAACCUCACUGUGAUAGCCACAGACAGAGGAACUCCACCUCUGUCUACAGAAAAGCUCAUCUCCCUAAGUGUGGCAGACACUAAUGACAAUGCGCCUGUCUUCUCCCAGUCAUCCUAUUCUGUCUAUGUCCCUGAAAACAACCCCAGAGGUUCCUCCAUCUUCUCUGUAAAUGCAAUAGACCUUGACAGUGAGGAAAAUGCUCAAGUCACCUACUUCCUGGCUGAGGACACUCUCCAUGGUGUGCCUCUGUCCUCCUACCUUUCCAUUAACUCCAACACUGGUGUCUUGUAUGCACUUCGCUCUUUUGAUUAUGAGCAGUUUAAAGACCUGCAGUUACUUGUGACAGCCAAAGAUAGUGGGAACCCACCACUCAGCAGCAAUGUGUCACUGAGCCUAUUUGUGCUGGAUCAGAAUGAUAACACACCUGAGAUCCUGUACCCCACUCUUCCCACUGAUGGCUCUACUGGGGUGGAGCUGGCACCCCGAUCUGCUGAGCCUGGAUAUCUUGUGACCAAGGUGGUGGCAAUAGAUAGAGACUCAGGUCAGAACGCCUGGCUCUCCUACCGCCUGCUCAAGGCUAGUGAACCAGGGCUGUUCUCUGUGGGGCUGCACACAGGUGAGGUGCGUACAGCAAGAGCCCUGCUGGACAGAGACACACUCAAGCAGAGCCUCGUGGUAGCUGUGCAAGAUCAUGGCCAGCCUCCUCUCUCGGCCACUGUCACACUCACUGUGGUGGUGGCCAACAGCAUCCCAGAUGUUCUGGCCGACUUGAGCAGUUUUGAGCCCCCCAAAGACUCUGAUGCCUCAGGCCUCACAUUCUACCUGGUGGUGGCAGUGGUCAUUGUUUCCUGCAUCUUCUUCACCUUUGUUAUGGGGCUGCUGGGGCUCAAACUGAAGCACUGGCACAAGUCAAGCUUGAUGAAGUCUACAAAUGGGGGUUUGCCUAAUGUGCCCAUCUCACACUUUGUGGGCAUGGAUGGGGUGCAGGCUUUCCUGCAGACCUAUUCGCAUGAGGUCUCCCUUACCUCAGACUCACGGAAGAGCCACCUGAUAUUCCCACAGCCCAACUAUGCCCACACACUCAUCAGUCAGGAGGGCUGUGAGAAAAUUGAGCCUCUUUUGAUACAGGAAGGGUCCGGUUUGGGUAAAGAGGAAGACUCCCUUGUUCAGGUAAGGCUAUUGCUGUUACUCUUUUAUUGA